AUGAAGUUAUCCGCCUUGUUUUCUGCCCUUGUUCUUACGGCAUGGGUCUCUGCUGCCGUAGAGCCGCAAGUGGGAAGUGUCGCCAAGGCCUCCCUUUCCCAAGAAGGCUCUCUUUUGGCCACGGAUAAACUUUCCCGUGAUUCAGAAACACUCACCAAACAGGUUGAUGUGGAGGUUGAAGAGGCUCCAGGCACAGUUGCGCAGUCAUUCUACAUGGCUAUCUCCAUGAUUCUCGUUUCUGAGAUCGGAGACAAGACGUUUUUGAUCGCAGCGCUUAUGGCCAUGAAACAUCUGAGAUGGGUUGUUUUCUCUGCUGCCUUUUCUUCUUUGGCGGUGAUGACGGUUUUGCUGGGCAUUGUGGGCCACGCAUUGCCUACUUUGGUGUCGCAGCGUGUGACGCAGUUUCUUGCGCUGGUGUUGUUUCUUGUAUUCGGUUUCAAGUUGAUGCGGGAAGGUCUUUCCAUGCCCAAGGAAGCAGGCGUGGCGGAGGAAAUGGCCGAGGUCGAAGAGGAGCUUCAGGCAUCUGCCAUGAACGUGCAAAUGCACAACUUGGAAGACGCUCAUUACGAGAAAAAGCUCCCCUGGUAUUCCGAGAUGGGCAUCCAGAUCCGCGACUUGGCGUCGUUCGUUUUAUCGCCAACGUGGAUCCAAGUCUUUGUCAUGACGUUUUUGGGUGAGUGGGGUGACCGUUCGCAGAUCGCCACCAUUGCCAUGGCUGCUGGAUCUGACUAUUGGUUUGUCAUUUUGGGUGCCAUUGUCGGCCAUGGUUUUUGCACAGCAGCAGCAUGUAUUGGCGGCCAGCUUCUUGCCACGAGAAUCUCCAUGAGAAACGUGACUUUGGGCGGUGCCACGGCGUUUUUCAUCUUUGCCGUGUUGUACUUCUACGAUUUUUACUACUACGACACCUCCUCCGAUUUAUAG